AUGCCUCCGCCGCGGAAAAUCACUAAUUAUUUCAAGCGUCCGGCCUUUGCGUCAGCCGUAAAAGAAACUCAGUCAAAAUCACCGGGAGAAGACCCCGCGCCGCAGUCCUCGCCGCAGUCCUCGCCUCUCACUGAACUCUCCUCGCAGCAGUUACCAUCAGAUAUCACAGCCCCGGACACACCUAAUGGUCCGUCCUCGCAGUUAAAUAGAUCGCUGCUAUGCGCAACAGGAGAUGAGGCCGCUCAUAAUGAGCCAGCGCCCCAAUCGAGCUUCCAAAGUGCCGGAACAGGAACAUCGUUUAGCUCGGCGCAGCGCAUCAUGAGGCACGGAAAGGAGGUCGUUAUCAGCUCCGAUGGCGAUGAGUCCGACUCGGCAGGAUCUCUUGAGUCGCCGGACGAUCUUUUGGCAAGGUUCUUGGCUCCAAAAUCCCCGGUGACUCCAAAAGCGCACAAUGGCGAUGACAACGAAACGACGCGGCCUACCCGGAAGAACCCGAAGCAUAAAAGCGUCGUAAGGGCUGAAUCUGCGCCUCGAAAGUACAAGAAUUCGUUAGAAAACCUCGUCAGGCAGGCAGUUUCUGACAACGAGACUGAAGCUGGAAUCGCGAAGCUGAGGGCAUCAUUGAAUGACGAAUCCGACCGCAAUACCGAUAGUGGCCCAGACAAAGCGAGUGUUUUGAAUGAGGGCGCUCUCGCAUCUGCAAUUGAUGAUGGGAACGAUGAUAGCAUGGGGCUUCAACGACUGCUAAAUGCUGUGCGGCGAACGGAAGCUCUUGACUUAGGAAAAUCUUGGUCAUUUUUUGACCUUCAGACACCACUACCCCCUGGCCCAGAGUUUCCACAUGGGUGUGUUUCCCCCGGGACGUACCUAGGUGUGCUACGAGAGCCCGAUUCUCGGGAACGAGCUUUCUAUUCCGGAAUAAUUGAUUUUGCCCUGUCUAGGGAACUCCUACCCGAUGAAUUGGUCAAGUGGAUAUUUCAUUCUAUUCCCUCCGAGCCUCGGGAUGGUCUGAGGCAUGCUUAUGGAAGAGCGAUGAAGCGCUUUCCGGCGGAACGCAUGAAAUCACUCAUACGACCGGAUGAUAUUGAUACUCUUUUUUGGCAGUUGAACGCGAAACCUGAGGCGUUAGCUCUGUCUCAAACGGUUGUGCCGGACGCUCAUCCUCAAAACAAUACUGCGGAGUCACAAGCUCAACACCAUAUAGCCUUGAUAUCCGUCCUUGAUGUCCUCCGUGAUGCCGCAAGCUUGUUCGCUGGUGAUACCCGGAAUCGCAUUUUAAGUAUCCUUCUCCGUCUUCCACUCGAUGCUUCCUUGACUCGUAAUACAGUCAUAUGUUCGGAAAUCGAAAGAACCAUCACGGCUGUGCUCGACGCUGUAACUGAUGGUUCGGCCGAUGAGUUGGCUACUAAUAUCUGUGGCAUUGCAUACACCACAGUGAAAGAUGCAGAGUUGCGAGGUCGCCUUCUGGAACACAUCGCCCCAGCAAACGAUUGGAUUGCAACAUUAAGACGCCGUCUCGCAUACAUCUUCUUGACAGGCGAUCCGUUAGUCGAUGCUGGAUCCCACGACCGAACGGCCGAGGUCAAAAGGAUCAUUAAUAUCCUCAAAGAUCCUCGUUACAAUGUGAAGCGUUAUAAAAGGAAAGAUCAGCCUGAAUAUGACUACGGCGAACUAAGGGCCAUCACCACCUUUCUUAAUAUUAUCAUUGAUUCUGGGUGGUCCGAGGCCCAGUUUCCUGAUAAAGGUGCAGAAGACGAAUUCAAUAGCGAGGUUGAUGUUCUUGCCGACAGGAUCAAAAAAGUUUUUACUGCUAUUGAAGAUUCAGGUGCGUCCCAUCUUAAGCGGACUCUGGCGAAGGAGGCCCUAGAGACUCUGCACUAUCGCGUCGUCUACUCUGUCAGAACGAGGCCACGUCCGAAGAAGACCUUCUUCGGCGAAUACGAAUCACAGCAAAAGACUCAGAAUAUCCUCAAAUUUGUCAAGAAGAAAGAAGUGGUGAUUUUAAGCGAUAAACCUGGAUCUUGA